GUUUGCAGAAGGGGUGUAACCAAGAUGUGCUGAAGCCGGGCCACAUUCACUGCAGAAACACAUGUUGUUAAGAUCAGAGCUCCAACUGGUUUCAUUUCUGUGAAAGUGAAACCUACGCAGUCAUUGCCACUGAGUGUUAAAAAUGGCAGAGAAAGGAGUUCAGCUGGAUCGGGAGGAACUCUCUUGUUCCAUCUGUCUGGAUCUACUGAAGGAUCCAGUGACUAUUCCCUGUGGACACAGCUACUGCAUGAACUGUAUUAAAGGCUUCUGGGAUGAAAAAGGUGAGCAGAAAGCCAGCUGCCCUCAGUGUAGGCAGACUUUCAAUCCGAGGCCUGUCCUGGUGAAAAACACCAUGUUAGCAGCUUUAGUGGAGAAACUGAAGAAGACUGGACUCCAUGCUGCUCCUGCUGAUCACUGCUCUGCUGGACCUGAAGAUGUGGCCUGUGAUUUCUGCACUGGGAGAAAAGUGAAGGCCCUCAAGUCCUGUCUCACCUGUCUGGCCUCUUUCUGUGAGAAACACUUACAGCCUCAUUAUGAUGCAGCUCCGUUAAAGAAACACAUGCUGGUGGAGCCGUCCAAGAACUUUGAAGAGAACAUCUGCUCUCGUCAUAAUGAGGUGAUGAAGAUGUUCUGCCGUACUGAUCAGCAGCUAAUCUGUUAUUUCUGCCCUGUGGAGGAACAUAAAGGCCACGACACAGUCUCUGCUGUAGCAGAAUGGACCGAGAAGCAGAAAGAGCUGGAGGAGAGUCGACAAAACCUCCAGCAGAGAAUCCAGGACAGAGAGAAAAAUGUGAAGCUGCUUCAACAGGAGGUGGAGGCGAUCAAUCGCUCUGCUGAUAAAGCAGUGGACGACAGUGAGAAGAUCUUCACUGAGCUGAUCCGUCUCAUGGAGAAGAGAAGCUCUGAUGUGAAGCAGCAGGUCAGAUCCCAGCAGAAAAGUGAAGUGAGUCGAGUCAAAGAGCUCCAGGAGAAGCUGGAGCAGGAGAUCACUGAGCUGAAGAGCAAAGAUGCUGAGCUGAAGAAACUCUCACACACAGAGGAUCACAACCAGUUUCUACACAACUACCCCUCACUGUCAGGACUCAGUGAGUCUACAGACUCGUCCAGCAUCAAUAUCCGCCCUCUGCGCUACUUUGAGGAUGUGACAGCGGCUGUGUCAGAAGUCAGGGAUAAACUACAGGACGUUCUGAGGGAGGAAUGGACAAACAUCUCAGUGACUGAAGUCGAUUGUUUACUGUCAGAACCAGAUCCCAAGACCCGAGCUGACUUCUUAAAAUCUUCACGUGAGAUCACACUGGAUCCGAACACAGCACACAGACGGCUGUUAUUAUCUGAGGGCAACAGAAAAGCUACAUUAAUGGGACAACAGCAGGGUUAUUCAAGUCACCCAGACAGAUUCACUAAAGAGUUUCAGGUCCUGAGUAGAGAGCGUCUGACUGGACGCUUUUACUGGGAGGUGGAGUGGAGCGGUGACGUAGUUUAUGUAGCAGUCACAGAUCAGAAUAUCAGCAGAACAGGGCAUGUGAAUAAAUGUAGAUUUGGAUGGAAUGACAAGUCUUGGGCAAUAAGAUGUCACAAAAGCUGUUAUAAAUUUCUGUACAACAAUGUCCAUACCCCUGUCCCAGGUCCUGUGUCCUCCAGAGUAGGAGUGUACCUGGAUCAUAGAGCAGGUAAUCUGUCCUUCUACAGCAUCUCUGACACCAUGACUCUCCUCCACAGAGUCCAGACCACAUUCACUCAGCCUCUCCAUGCUGGACUUUUGCUUGACUCUCCUUUCUAUGGAGACACUGCUGAGUUCUGUAAACUCAAAUAAACAGAAGUAAUUUCAGGGAAAGUGUGUUAAAGUCUGUGGUGUAAUAAUCUUAUUUUGUUUACAUGUUUGUUGCCAAGAGCUGAUUGUUGAGAUCACCUGUCAAUCAAACAUUAUGGGUGGUGCAUUGUGAUUGUGAUUUUUUGUUGUUUUGUAAAUGUGGAAGUUACUUUAUAAUUAUGAUCAUCAUCAAUAAGAAGAUCACUUAUCAUUUUCUUUUGCAUAGCCGAGAUUCAAGUUAAUCAAUUUGAUUUGUGUAUGAAGUGAAUCUGUGCAUGAAAUCACUGAAUCGACUCAUUUACAGUAACAGACUUUACUGAUGGGAUAUGUGAAUAAACUGAAUGUUUACAUAAUGAAUAAAGUUUUGUCUUUCUUUCAAGAAUGAGCAAAGUGUUUUCUUCUUGUUGUCAUUCAAGAGUAUCAUACAAAGCAGAUGGAGAAAAUGUCAAACUUAUGCAUCACUGAGGCAGUUUUUCUUCUGGAAUGCCACAAAUGACAGUGUUAAUGUUUAGAGCACAGGAGUAUUUUCUCUGUCCUGAGUAGAGUUUUCUAUCACUUGUUGCUUCUUACAACCAACAUGUA